UUACAGUACUUUUAUUAUGAAAAUCCGAGACAUGCUACACAGGAAGGAAGUUCCGCAGAUCGAAGGACGACUGGUGGAGAAUAGUUGUCACGACAGGUGGUAGUGAAUGCGGUAGAGUCCCAGUCUAGGUAUGGAGCAGUGUGCGUGUGUGGAGCGGGAGCUGGAGAAGGUGCUCCAUAGGUUCGUCAUGUACGGACACCAGUCAGAGGAACGUCUGGACGAACUACUACGCAGCGUCUGUGAGCUACGGGGACAGCUGGUUACAUUCGGGGUACAAGAUGCAGAUCUUUCGGUGCUAUCUCAGACGAUGGCCCAGUGUUGUAAGAACAUUAAAGAAACAGUACAGCUGCUGGCCUCCAGACACAAGGACAUCCACGGCAGUGUCUCCAAAGUCGGCAAAGCUAUCGACAGGAACUUUGAUGCAGAGGUGAGUGCAGUGGUGGCAGAGACAGUGUGGGACUCACCUGAGAGACAGAAGUACCUGAGUGAGACCAUUGUGGAACACUUGUACAGACAAGGCAUGCUGAGCGUGGCAGAGGACCUAUGUCAGGAGUCUGGAGUAGUGAUUGACAUGAGCAUGAAGCAGCCGUUCUUGGAACUCAACAGGAUCCUGGAGGCCUUGAGGAUGCAGGACCUCAGACCAGCACUAGAGUGGGCAGUAACAAACCGGCAGCGCCUGCUGGACCUGAACAGUACCCUGGAGUUCAAGCUGCACCGCCUCUACUUCAUCAGCCUGUUAAACGGAGGCAUCACCAACCAGCUGGAGGCGCUACAGUACGCCAGGCACUUCCAGCCCUUCGCCUCACAGCACCAGAGAGACAUCCAGAUCCUCAUGGGUAGUCUGGUGUACCUGCGGCACGGCAUAGAGAACUCUCCCUACCGCUCUCUGUUAGAGACCAACCAGUGGGCUGACAUCUGUAACAGCUUCACCAGGGACGCCUGCGCUCUGCUGGGGCUUUCUGUAGAGUCACCUCUCAGUGUCAGUUUUGCGUCAGGCUGCAUGGCUCUACCAGUCCUGAUGAACAUCAAACAGGUGAUAGAACAGAGACAGUGUAGCGGAGUCUGGACACACAAGGACGAGCUGCCUAUUGAGAUAGACCUGGGGAAGAAGUGCUGGUACCAUUCCGUGUUCGCUUGUCCCAUCCUCCGGCAGCAGACGUCAGAGAGCAACCCUCCCAUGAAGCUCAUCUGUGGACACGUCAUCUCCAGAGACGCCCUCAACAAACUCACCAACGCUGGAAAACUGAAAUGCCCCUACUGUCCCAUGGAGCAGAACCCGUCAGAUGCCAAGCAGAUCUUCUUUUGAUCCCCCAUCCUGUUUCUGGAAACCCCCUGGAAACCCCCAGGCAAAGUGGAGCCCCUUUGAGCUACAGUAGCUACCUGCUACCCCAGGACCCCUGUAAAUCCCCCAUCCUACCUCCUGAGAGAGAGAGAUCUCAAAAGGAUCAUUCAUUCAUUGACACUCAUUUGCAGCUGCCUGCAGAAUAUAGGCUUAUUCUUAUUAAGGAUCUGAUGAUGCGUUAUCAAAGGGUAUCAAGUUGAGUUGUGGAGUUUUUGGACGACUGCUCUGUUCCUUGUUUCUUUCCUCUAUAUAUCCAUCUGUAGGCUUUCCUCAGAACACAGAAUCCUCUAUAUGUCCAUCUGUAGGCUUUCCUCAGAACACAGAAUCCUCUAUAUGUCCAUCUGUAGGCUUUCCUCAGAACACAGAAUCCUCUAUAUGUCCAUCUGUAGGCUUUCCUCAGAACACAGAAUCCUCUAUAUAUCCAUCUGUAGGCUUUCCUCAGAACACAGAAUCCUCUAUAUGUCCAUCUGUAGGCUUUCCUCAGAACACAGAAUCCUCUAUAUAUCCAUCUGUAGGCUUUCCUCAGAACACAGAAUCCUCUAUAUGUCCAUCUGUAGGCUUUCCUCAGAACACAGAAUCCUCUAUAUAUAUCCAUCUGUAGGCUUUCCUCAGAACACAGAAUCCUCUAUAUGUCCAUCUGUAGGCUUUCCUCAGAACACAGAAUCCUCUAUAUGUCCAUCUGUAGGCUUUCCUCAGAACACAGAAUCCUCUAUAUAUCCAUCUGUAGGCUUUCCUCAGAACACAGAAUCCUCUAUAUGUCCAUCUGUAGGCUUUCCUCAGAACACAGAAUCCUCUAUAUGUCCAUCUGUAGGCUUUCCUCAGAACACAGAAUCCUCUAUAUAUCCAUCUGUAGGCUUUCCUCAGAACACAGAAUCCUCUAUAUAUCCAUCUGUAGGCUUUCCUCAGAACACAGAAUGGUCGGUUGAAUGGAUGUUAGAGAGGUGAUGUGACAUGGUUUUUAGGAAGUUGUCUGAUUUCAGGAGAGUAUUUAAACUUCUAUAUUACAGAGGUAUAGCUAAGUGGCCUCUGAGAAAGUAUAUUCACAUAUAUAUUGUAUUGUGAGGUUGUGAUUGGCUGAUAGGUUGAGGUGACCGUGGUUACAGUUUGUGAAUGGAACACUGAUUGUAAAAAGUAACACUUUGCCUGUUGGCUAUGAUGUAAUAAAGGCCCUGAUUGGUUGAAAGUCACUAUGGGUUACAGUACAUGUAUCAGUGUGAUGAUCAACAGUUGUGAUCGAUGGAGAGGUCGAGGGUCAAUUGGCUGAUUGAUUUUGCAACUGCCUCCAAUAACAAGAUUUUCCUGUUUCUUGUUCUGUAUUUAACAAAAACAAUGAUACUACUGUGAAGUCUGCUUUUCUUUUUAUUUAUCAUAGCUAGAAUCAAGUCUCCUGUAAAAUAGUGAAACCAUAAGUAACUUUACACCUUUUUAUGAAAUAGAAUUCUGCCACAAAAUAGCAACAUCAGUAUUGGAUCCAUGAUCAAAUCCUUCUCCUUGGACCACACGGAUAGCUCCCAGCCCAUGAAAUGGUGAUGUCAUACCAGCCCAUGAAAUGGUGAUGUCAGCAAGGUCUGCACCAGCAUAUCUUUAACAGCCGACACAUGGUAGCACUCAGCCAUUAUAUCAACUCUGCACUGAUCUCCAGUCAGAAUGAAUGAUGGUAACAGGUCUUUAUUUGAUGGUUUAUGUGCGUACACGUUCGUUUUGUGUUUAGUUGAUUUGACAUUUUAUUUACUGCUUUUGGUUGACAAUCAUUCACCUCCUUUCCCAGAAUACAUUAAGGUCUGUUAUGGCUUCUUCCUUGGGUUCUUUUCCAGUAGUCAGAGUUAUUGAGUUCUUGUAUGAUAGGUUUGCCUUUUACCUGCUUCUCUUUCUUUAUUCAACUUUUAUUGUACAUAUUUAUUCUCUAACAUGUUUCAUAUUAUACUUGCAUCUUGAAAUGGAAUAAAAACUUUAUACUCCAA